AUGCACCUAACAUUGCCCACCUUGUUAUUUCUCUGUUUUGGUUUCGCCAAUGCUGGUGUCGUCUUCUCAAGAAGUUCAGGAGCUUUUGAUAGUUAUUCGGGAAGCGGAGAUUUUGGAGGUGAGAUUUCCGAUUUGGCAUCACUGACUGGACAAGAGGAUUAUUUAAACGAUCACAGUGAUAUUUUAGCGUCCAGUAACAAUGAAGUAUACCAGCCACUACUCAAAUCGCAAGCUCAUGUUGUUAAAUCUCCAUUGGAUGAUGAGGAUUUGGCUCUUGUCCAAGAAUAUUUUGAAGACCAAAUUAUCAAUAAAACUGGUCAACUAAAAUACUCGACUCUAGCUGGAGUUGAAAAAUCACUGAUCAAGGAUCUUGUGCGAAUCAUCAUGAAAGACGAUGAGUACAUGCUUCUUCUCAACAAUCCAUCAUUUCCUAAAGUUCUUCAAAUGAUUAAAUCAAUGCUUCGUGAGCCAAUUCAACAAGUGCUUCAACAACAAAUCUGGAGUAAAGUACUUGCGGUUCAAGCAUAUUAUAAGAAAUUUUACCAACCACUGAACAAUCCAUCAACGAAGAGAGAAGCUUUAGAAUUUUUGAAACAUUUGAAGUCUGCUUCCGAAGAUAAAACAUUGACUGUAGAUGACACGGUGAAGCUUAACGAGAAAAUGCAAACGUUGGCGUUUUUGGUACAAGAGCAUGAGUUUGAUGAGAAAAUUUCCGAGUUGGAAUCAAUGCUGAAAAGUACCCCUCGGGAGUUUAAAAGAAGCCAUCAUGUCCGGAAAAGUGCAAUCCCAGACAAGGGGAAACCACAGAACAGUACACAUCCGCCAACACUUGCCUCCGGAAAUAGUUCUGAAAUUAAAGUCAACGAGAAACAGAAACUCGUUAGUCCAGUUACCACACCAGUUGCAACUACAGCCAGCCCUAAGUCACGGACAACGACCGUUAUUGUGAAUCAACAGAAAUCAUUUAUCCCCAAUAGUUCAAUCGACUUGAAGCCUUCCAGUAAUGUCAUCAGUGAAGUCAAGCUAGAGGGUAAAGUGAGCACCGGUGCAGCCAAAAAAGAAAAGGACCCGUCUACCACGACAGUGUCUUCUUUAAAAGUUCCUUCGGAAAAGCCCAAAGACGCAGAUCAAGUCAUUGCAAGUCUUGAAGAAGAUUAUUAAGAUUACUCGGAAAUGAAUGAAUUUUGUGCAUUUCUUAAAAAAA